UCCUCGCUCCGCUCGCCUCUCACUUCACUCCGUCUUUGCUUCUCUCGCCUCUCUUCACCUGCCUCGCGCUCGUUCCGUCGCCGAGGAGGUUGUGGGCAGCCUCCGUCAUGUCCAUCCCGUUUCUCCGCCACUCCCUCCAUCUUCAGAGAUGAUCGUGACUGUUGGCGCCGUCGACACCCGUCCAUGAACCAUCCCUUGGGCGAUGACACUGCAUCCGGCCCCCGUCCGACACCGCCGUUUGUCCCCAACGGAGCAUGCCCCUCAAGCAUGUCCGGGGGCCUGGAAAAGACUCUCUCCGAUGUCCGGCUGUAUAUCUCCGAGCGUUUGGGCCUCAGCCGCCCCAGCCCGCACAAUGGACAGUCGAUUCCCUCGGGAGGAUGGCGGCCUGUUGCCCUGCGUCCCGUAUACCUUUGUUUGAUCGCGGCGGUCAUGUUUGCGAUGCUGCUCACACUUGACGUUCUUCGGCGAUAUAGCGAACAGAAGGGGGGUUUAUACUUUUUCCCGGAUACUGAUACUGUUUCCGACGCCCAGUCGUUCGCCUACAAUUACCUUCCCAUCAUCGCUGCUCUCGUCCUAGUCACCCUGUGGUCCUUCAUCGACUACGAUGUACUCCGCCUCGAGCCGUAUUUUCAGAUCUCCCGACCGGAGGGGUCGCCGGCGUCGGUCCUCUUCAUCAACUACAACUUUGGCCAGUCGUUUCUCACGCCGCUCACCUCGGCCAAGCGCGGUCACUGGGUCGUAUUGCUCGUGUCGAUCGCCACGCUACUGAUCCGACUGUUUCUUCCGGCCCUGCAGAGCACUCUUCUCGAGCUUCGGGAACUGAAUGUCGUGGAUGACGGGGAGAUCAAGACCUGGCCCCAGCUGCUGGACCUACAUACCCAGGCUGUAUGGAUCAUGGCGCAGAAAAGCAAUGAGACCCUGGCCUUGGACUCCGUUCUUACCGCCCGUGACAACCUGCGCAGCACUCGUUCCUCCAGCUACGCCGUUGCGCCCGUCGAAAUCAGCAUGGAAGACCGCCGUGAAAGCACCGUAUGGACAUUGAAUCAGACAAUUUACUGGGCUCAGCUGGCGUGUCGCGACGUUUUAGCAGACGACCACCUCUCAGUCUCCAUCAAUGAUACGUCAAGCGAUCCUCCGGUACUCUCAUGGAACGUGACGGGCGUUCAGCUGCAGGAUAUCAACGGGGCGGAACAGUCGUGUAGCUUGGACUUUCACUACAAAAAUAUCUUCUUCCCGACUACCGAUUACCUGCAGGUCCGGUAUUGGGAGCCUGCUUGGACGAACCGGACGAACCGGACGAAAUCCGCCCGUACCCAGGGAAAGGCAUUUACCGCCCAGGGCUGUGAUGACCCCUAUGACUUGUAUGGGAUUGUGAUCUCGGUCAACGCAACGGUCGGCGGGGCGAACAGUAUCAGCCAGUUGGGGUCUGAGUUCACCUCCUCAGCGGGGAUCUUCGGCUGCAAGGUUAGCUAUCGCCAGGCGGAGGCCAAGGUCUCCAUGCACGCCAACAGCUCAAUCACCAGCAUCUAUGGAUAUUCGGAUACGGAACGGGCCCUGGCCACCGACGAGUUCAACAUUGACGCUUUCCAGGACCUCCUGGCUCAGCGAGCACCGUACACAGGCGACAUGUUAUUCAUCGAACUGAACGAGACCACGGGCGACACCACGGUUACGGAGUUGCCCGUUAUCAGUCAGGACCUGGGUGACCUCGAGCCGCUCCUGGUUCUAGAUGCAUCCACAGUCAUGACGCCUGGGGAGUUUGAAUCCAAGGUUACCCGAAGCGUUGUCGAGACGUUUGUGCUCACGAUGGGUCGUCUGUUCAAUCCGGACCAGGAUCCGACCAGCGUGCCGGCUCAACGGCAGUCGACACAAGUCGCUAUCUCCGUGGUCUCCUUCGCUUCCUGGUGGUCCGAGGUAAUUCUGGGCAUUGCCAUCAUUCUCACCGUUUGUCUCAUUUACUUCUAUGGAAGGCGCCCCAACAUCCUCCGAAACGACCCGAGUUCCAUUGGGGCCAUGUGUAGCAUGCUGACCGAUCUUUUCGGGCCCUCCAACGUCCUCGGGGAUCCCCGGUCCGAAUUUCAUCAAUUCUCAACGCGUCAGCUACGCCAGAUCCUGCGAAACUGCCGGCUCCAGUGGCAGCAAGGGCCGAUGGGGCCCCGACUUGAGAUUAUAACUGCAGAUGCAGGAUCACCGGUCACCCUUGGUGAGCAGAUUCGGACACGGGUGGACCCUAUGCCUCACUUUUUAGUGAUUCCAAUUUUCAUCAUCGAAUUUCUUCUCCUCGCCGCUGUCAUUUCUGUCAUGGGAGUGACGGCCGCCACUCUCGCUCACGACGGGAGUUUUCAGCACCUCUCCCAGUCAGCCUCCAGCUUCCUGCAGGUGGUGACAUCAUUUUUGCCGUCCAUUGUCGCAUCUGCUGUGGCGGCUUUGUGCAACUCCAUUCUUCGCAACAUCAGCAUUCUGGAACCGUGGGUCCAUCUCCAGCGCGGGAUGGCGGCCGCUCGGACGUCGCUGUCCAUGAAUUAUGCGUCACAGAAUCCGUGGUCGAUCCUGAAGAAGGCGGUUCAGAACCGCCAUACGCUUCUCAGCCUCGUCUCGUUCGCCUGCGUCGCUAAUAUUCUGCUCACGGUCGUGGCCGGUGGGCUGUUUACUCAGAAACUGACACCGUCAUACCUGCCGUCUACCUCAUUGUACAUGAACUACAGCAACGCCCAGUUUCAGCGGCCCGAGUUUGCUGCUGACUUUACCGAGUUCGACCUGAUCCAGACCAGCAUCACGAGUGGUGUGCCGAUGCUGCCAUGGAUGGCCUCGAACUACUCGUUUGUCCCCAUCAAGAAUACGGACUCAGACCCCGACUUGAUGUACGGUGCGACGACACUGGGAAUCGGAAGCGAUCUGGAGUGCAAAGCGCUGACAAUAUCGCAAAAUCUGGUGGAAGAAGGCCAAAGCACGUACUGGGUGUAUCGCCCAUCCCGCGACGUCAGCCGACAGUGUAAGGUGAACAUGACGGCACUCGUGCGGCCCAGCGAAGCCAUUGCCCUCUCCAUCCACUUCCUCUCUCCUAUCGCGGAAUUGGACAUGGAUCUGUGUCAGAUGUCGACGGUGCUGGUGGUUGGACGAUGGAACUACACGGCGGAGUCCUCUUUCACCAAUGACAACACGAUCGCGCUUCAAUGUGAACCACGGAUGCGACUGCAGAAUUUCUCCGUGACCUUUGACCGACGGGGUCAGAUUUCCGACAUUGACCCGGUUGCGGGCACGGAGAUUACGUCAGGCACGAUGUACGAGAACGCGACGAUGGCGCUCGGGCAGUUCAACAAGGUCUUUGCGGCGAUUCCUCAGAGCUUCGUUGGGGAGGAACCGGGCCGGAACCGGUCCUACGUUUCGUCGUAUGACUGGGCGGGCUUCUUGGUGGCCCGUCUCUAUCGACAGCACGAGAAGAUUGUGCCCCUGAAAGCCUCAACCCUGAUGACGGAGUCGCAGGUUGUGUAUCAGUGGGUGUAUAGCACGUACUUUACCCUCUGGCGAAACAUGUACCUGGUCCCACUGGCGGACGUGGUGUCCGCCGGCAACGCGACGGUGAUCUCCAACACAUGGACAAUGGUCCCGUCCGUUCCGUCCCUGGUGAUGGCGUUGGUGAUCAUUGCGCUGGACACAUUGGUGGUGCUGGUGGUGUUUGGAACCCGUCGAGGGCGGUUCCGAGGGCCGCGUAUGCCACGAUCGAUUGGGGCGAUUAUUCCGUGGAUCGCGCACAGUCGCAUGCUGGACGACUUUCGCAACACGUACUCGUGGACGAACGCACAGCGGCGGGAGCACCUGGCGCGGCUGGACAAACGGUAUGGGUUUCGGAUGUUUCUGCAGGCGGACGGACGGUGGCGGUUCGCGGUGGACGAGGAGGCCGUGGGACUUGACGGCAAGCCGGCGGAGGGAGCGAUGGAUGCGACCAAGGGGGCUGAUGUGAUAGAGCUGCAGUCCAUGGGGGAGGCUGGGACUCCGCCUGGAACUCCGUCUGAGACUAUUCCUGGGACCCUACCUGAGACGUUCCCUGAGACUUUGCCUAGGACUUUGCCUGGGACUCCGCCGGGGACUCCGCGGGACCGCCCGGGAAAUCAUGAUUGA